AUGUUGUCCAUCAGCCGGCUGUUCUCGCUGGCGUUGUGGAUCGGUCUCCUGACCCCCAUCUACAUGUUCCUCGAGAAGAACUUGGAGAAGUUCUACAUCUUCGACCACGAGCAUCUGCACGAUCUCAGCAAGCGCGCCAUCGCCGCGCACGGAAACGACACCAAGUCUGUGGUCAACUACAUCGUCACCGAGCUUCAUGGUAUCGUCCCCAACAACGUGAACCUCGACGAGGAAUGGGUCUUCAACAACGCCGGUGGUGCCAUGGGCGCCAUGUACAUUAUUCACGCCAGCAUCACCGAGUACCUCAUCGUGUUCGGCACCGCCAUCGGAACCGAGGGCCACUCCGGCCGCCACACCGCCGAUGACUACUUCAACAUCCUCUACGGCACCCAGCUCGCCUACGUCCCCGGCAAGUACGAGCCCGAGGUCUACCCCCAGGGCAGCGUCCACCACCUGCACCGCGGCGACGUCAAGCAGUACAAGAUGGAUGAGGGCUGCUUCGCGCUUGAGUACGCCCGUGGCUGGAUCCCUCCUAUGCUUUUCUUCGGCUUCGCCGACGGCCUCUCCAGCACCCUCGACUUCCCCACGCUGUGGACGACCACCAGAAUUACCGGUCGCGAGAUGAUUUCCAACCUGCUCAAGGGCAAGUUCUAA